AUGGCCCAACGAAAAUAUUUAUCUUUGCCAGAUAUUGAUCAAAAUCCAACCGAUGUUUAUGAAACUCCAGACAGCACAUUUCCAGAUAUAGAUAACCCUGAAAUUUAUUUUCCUUCUAAUAGAAGACGAUCAAUUGAUAACACUCAUAUUUCGACUGAUUCCGCUACUCAAUUUUUUUCUACAAAAAUAUUAGAUCCUGAGGGUAGCGUUGAUUUUAGAAACGAAAGAUCGGAUAUCCUGGUAAAAUCAAAAUAUAAUUCAUAUCAAGUACAUGAAACACUUGAAGCAAGGAUUGCUCGUCUUCUUCAUGAAGUCAAUGAUGUUCAGAAAGAGGUUUUAUCUAGUAGUAAAGUAACACGACUAGAAAAGUUUGGAGAUGAUAAAAAAAAAUUAAGUGAACUGGAAGCUAUUUUAAAAAAAAUUCAACUUAAUAACUUUAUUUCAGAUCAACAACUUACGGAGCGAGCAGAUGAAACAUCUACUUUAUCUCUGCAAAUUCAAACAUCGCUACAACAUUUAGAGAAAAUCAAUAAUGAAGCCAGUACAACUCAUGAAUCACAAAAAUCAUCGGUUCUAAUAUCAAAAAUAACUGAAUUAGAAAAUCGUAUUUUAACAUUGGAACGUGCAAUUGGGAUUGAUGAAAUGAAUCUUGAAAAUGACUUAUACCGACCUAUUCUAACUUCUUUACAAGAAAUUAGACAAAGACUAAAACUUAUUACUAGUUCACCCGCCUCACUUGAGGCUUCCGCAAACAAUCUCACCGUUUUGAUACAGUCUAUUAAGGAAAUACGAGAUUUGAAAGAUAAAAGCUAUUUACAUGAAUCUACUAGUAAAUCUUUGCAUAAUGUGAACCGCAAACAAACUGGAACAACUUUGCCAAAUCCUUCGGAUACAUUAAAUGGAAACGAAACAUAUGUGUCAUCAGAUCAACAAAUCAGAGAACUUUACAGCAAAAUAUCAAUAAUUCAGAAACUUGAAAUAGUUAUUCCAAAAGUGCUUUUGCGACUAAAUAGCUUACGUGAUCUUCAUACGGACGCGCUUAUAGCCAAUGAGUCAAUAAAAGAUUUUGAUUCAGUAGUUUUAGCGUUAAAGAACGAUAUAUAUUCUUGGAAGCAGGCAAUGGAUCAAAUUCAAAACAAUCUUGAUAAAUUUAGCUCUAGUUCUAUUAAAAACCGAUCAGAGAUUCUUGGUUGGAUCUCUGAGCUAAAGCAAAUUUCUGACGAAAAGCUUUAA